AUGGAAGCGAAGAAGAAGAAGAAGAAGAAGAAAGACACCAGAAAAGGAAGAAUCCUUGUGUGGUAUGUUUGUGAAUACUACGGUGGUCGAGGUGAUGGUCAUCAUACGGUGUGUACACACACUGACAGACAGUAUGUACUUGUCAUGAAACUGAGAAUCGCACUGACAAUGUUUCAUUUUACACAUCCGUUAUGUUCUAUCCACUUUAACGAACUACAACAAUGAGAAUUGAGAACAGAAAUCUUUUGGGAACGGUCUUAGCAGAGGUGGAUCUUCAGUUUAUCUCCAUCUUCGGUCCCUUCCUUCGUCACAAUUUGACUGUGAAAUUCAAACAGACCCGGGCGCCGACCGAAGGACCCUCACUUAUGUAGCAGAUCGGGAAGGUCGUUCCCCAAUCACAUCAAAGGACUUUUGUUUUUGGAAAGUCCAAUGUCUCGGACAGCCAUUAGAAAGUUUGAAUAUUGUCCUCAAGCGCCGCCUACUCGUUCAGUUCUCCCAGCAGCCUUCUCAGACCUUGAGCCGGAACCGAAAGAUUUUCUUCUCGGGCGGAUCAACAUUUUAUCUAUCCACCCUCCUCCUCCUUUCCAUUCUAUUCACAAAGACAUGGACGAAAGACGAAAAGAGACACAUCUGGCAUCCAUCCAAUCAACGUUUUUAACACCACCGUCCCUCGUUUCCCUCGCUUCCUUCUGAUGAUACUCGGCCCUCCUUGCCUCUCCUCUUUUCUUCUCUGCGCCCCCCUCUAUCAGCACACUCUUUUCGGUUUCCCUCCAGGCCUCGGUGGGGACCGCUCGAUAACCUUGAAUUCCCCCUCUACCACCGUGGUGAUGUUGUGUAUUCACAUUUCCCUCCGAGGACUGAUGAUGAGGAUGAUGGCGACUCCGCUCUGAUCCGCGUCUCUUGUCUGAGGCGGUGCUCUUUCUUGUCUUCGGUCGGAUUAGACGCGGAGGACCUGUGGGAACCCAGUGAGACUCACUUCUGAAGAGGUCCUUCUUAUCGAUUCAGCGACAGUUUCAAACAUGUUUCGCCCAUUCGUUCGCAGCGCCUCCGUGUCUUUGAUCUUGUCAAGUUAUCGUAUAUCGUGUAAUAGAUCUGACUGUGAAUGUGUUUACAUCCUGUAGAUCACAAUCAGAUCUGGGCAGGCAAACUGAUCAUGGCGGGCAGCGCCAGUUUGUGAAUCACUCUGUGACGAUGUCACUUUCACAAAUGUUUCUAAUGACUCACAUGUGCUCCGCUCCUCAUCUCCUUCUGAUAAUCCUUUCUUGUUCGCCGUUUCCGCCGCCGUUCCAGUUCUUGUUUAUCCGGCCCUAUCUUCUCUGUUUCCAGAUCCCAUUAUCUUGUCAACUCGCCAUCGUCUUCUACUCUCACCAAUUGGUCCCCUUCCAUCAAUUCAUAUCAAGGUAAUCUCUUCCCUCUUCUUCUUCCCCUUCAAUCACCCACCACCUCGUCACCUCCAAUUUCCGCCUAUUUUCGUCACUUACCGGCUUUUCGGGUGAGCUCUCAGUGCGCCCUCCGGAUAUAUGAUGUGCUCAAUGGAGCACGAAAUCAUUGAGGCACACAGCCCCCGACUACCUGUCCAUGACAUACACAAAUCAGUGAACACAUCACUAAAUCCCCCUCCCCUUCCGCAAAUUUCGCUGCUUCUGCUGCUACCCCCUGCCCUCGUCGUUUUGGUUUUCAAAAACAAGAUCCGUGUUUGGGAGUGGGACUGACUACUGUAGAUGAAUGAAGUGGGGAUUCAUCAAAAAAGAGCAGCGCCCCGGGCUCAAAUUGAUAGGUUCGUUCACUCAUUCCGGCCGAGAUUGGAAAGGAGCUCCUCAUCUUCUUCUUCUGUCGAAAUCGGAAAAACGGAGAAAAGAAAUGGAUGAGACGAGGACGGAAAGCGCAGAUGGCGAACGGAGCGAAGGCGACGAAAUCUUGAAAAAUGACCACACCGAAUUUCGGAGAGUAGAUUAAAGAGUCGAGUAGAAGAAAGGCGAGUGGGGAGAACUGACUGAUUGACAUGCAAAUUGGCGGGUCGCUCCCUUUUGUGCCUUUUGCGCCUUGUCACAUCACACGGUGGUGGUGGCAUAGUGGCCCCUUUGUUUGUUUGGAAUCAAUGCAAGUGUGGGUGCGCAUCUGUAAUGGAUCCCCGAGGGGCAAACUCCGAAGUGAGACAAACAGUAAUAGAUGUGCUAAUUAACACGUCAUAGCGAAGAGUGAGACUGUAGAUAGCUCUAAUGACUCGAUCAGUCUGGAUUAGCGAACGAAGAAAGUCUGAGAAUAAUAAUAAUCUUUCCCUCUCCCUCACUAGAUUCCCUCGUUUCCAUUUGCUGUUCGAGCAAGACGCAUCUCUCAAAAUCGUGAUAAUUCAAUGAUUCGCUCUUCGUUCUCCUCUCGGCUCGGCUAAAAUUGGCAUUGUUGUGAUGGGUGUGGUGCCUUCCUUUCUUUCGUCCCCGCCGGCCGGCACCAGAAGCCUAUUAUCUGCCAGUCCGGACGGCUCCUUCGUUGAUGCAUCACAUGGCAAAAGGCAGGCACUCACUCCUCUCGUCCAUCGGACACACUCGCCCAAUUGAAUAGUGAUAGAGGGGGAAAGGGGCGCCCGCAGAUUGGAUAAUAUAUAUUUUUCGGUCUCUUUCGGCUCUUUCUCCCCGGCCUACUGAGAGCUUGCGGGUCAGAGGGCGAGCGCCGCUCUCUGCGUCUCACCUCUUCUUAUCAGAAGACGUGAGUGGUGGCAACACACGGAGGGCUCUUUGAGUCCGUGCAAAUCGAUCGCGGUGCCCGCUCCUCACCAUAUGUUUUGAAUGGAAGCGAAGGAGAAGGAGGUCCCUUCUUUUCUUCCGUCUGACUGAUUUGAUAUCUCCCCUCCGCUGGCUGCUUUGUCGCCCAUAUGGCCUCCCUUUCCUCCUUUGCUCUCGCUUCCCUUCCACAUCACCUCUUCUCCUUUAUCUUUUUGCUCUUCCCUCCUCUUCAGUGUGCUCUUCUCGAUUCUGUGUUAAUUGCCAACAGACCGACGGAGGGAGAGAGAUAGAAAAGGUCCUUUUCGUAUUUCCCAUUCAUUUUCUUGUCAGCCAUCAGCAUUCCUCUCUUUCGCAUGCAUUCAAGAGCGAAGUAUUGAUUAGAACUGAUAAAUUGAUAAGCGCCGCCCACACUCUCUGAUUGGCCGACGGGAAGGCAGCAGAUUUGGGAGGAGUCUCGCAGGUGAAGAGAUAGCGAGAGGAGGAGUCCACGAACACUGAUUGGCCUGCAGGGAUCUUAUCAGAAGAGGUAGACAUUGGGAUAAAAACACAAGGGGAUAAGCAACCCCAGGGGUCCUUAUUUAAUGUCAGCUAAUAAUGAUAAUGGGUCAUUCAAAAAUCCGAUUCCCAUCUUGAGCUAAUUAUUGAGACCAGUACAGUUCUCCUUUGCAAACUUUUGAAAACGUUUUCCCUCUGAGACUCUUCGAGCCUCCGCCAAUAGAGUGCCACGUCAAAGUAGUUGGCACUUAAUAGAACUUUGUGCUCGUUUCCACUUGCCUGCCUCUUCCCCCCUUCUCCUCCGAUAUUCCAUAUCUCGCAUUGUUGUCAUUUCUCCCAUGCCUAUAUCAAAUUUCCCCGAGAGAGAGAGAAAGAGCACCCUCCGCUUUGGCGCUCUUUUCUCGUCCAUCUCGUUGCCCACCGAGACAAAGUCCCUCUUCGUCGACUUGAUCGACGCACACCGUUGCCCCAGGAUCUUCCCCUAGCAACUUGGCCCCGCGCGCGUCGGUUGUCUUUCCCAAAACGGUCACACUUUUCUUUUACGUCUUCUUCUUUUUCUUCUUCUUCUUCCCCUUAUUCCUCCCUUGAAAUGGAACAAAAUGGUGUGUCUAAAGUCUCUUAACUUCUUCCACUAUCUCGCAGAUAACAAUGCCCCGAGUAUGGGCAAUUAUGGGAGUAAGAGUAGAGAGAAACAGAGGCAUGUUAUUCUAUGUUUUCACCCCGCUCGCCCCCUUUUUAACACAACUACUAGAACCAGUGAGUAGAUCAAAGCGGAUGAUAAGUGACGGUGAUGAUGUCUGCGUCGUCUCGUCUUGUCUCUCUGUCUUCUCCGAUAAUUAUGGUAAUUAUCUUUGGAAAGGGAGGAGGAGACAAGGCGAGACGAGGCAGAAAGAGAGAAUGCACACGCAGCCACGCACACUUAUACUGCUCGGCGAGAAGGAGCCGGAGACGGGCGGCGGCACAACAUCUCAUCAACUGAUAUGCAUCGCGCAUGUCAGUCGGGGCUCCGCUCGCCUCUCCGUCUCUCUGCGUCUACUAUCUCAAUCACUAUCAGGAGAAGAAGGCGUGUAGCCGUCGUGGAAGGCACGCCGGCGGGGAAGGGAAGAAGGGGCUUCAAUUCGAGCCCCUUAUUUGUUCUUCGACGCUCUCUGCGCUCUCCGCCUCCCACAUCAUCAUCAUCACCGUCAUCUUCAUCAUUAUGGUCCCGCUCGCCCAUUUCAUUUUCCAUCACCAGCUUCAUCAGUAGUUGCCGGCGGCUAUAUUUGCGCAACUCUAUCCAUUCUUUUCGCUUCGUUAUUGCGAAAUGCGCUCUUCUCCGAAAGAGUUGCUACCUGUGUAUCAUUGGACUGUGCCUUAACGCUAUACUUUGAAUUAUGGUUACUGUAUUUUGCUUAUAACCUGCUAGACAACUUCUAGAAUUAGGGCUUUCUGUAGCCAUGCACCCAUCGGUUCAGUUGAGUUUGCACAUCAACGACAUCUUGAACUUCGUCACCUUAAAUGUGGCACCCCACUGUGAACUGAGUGCAUUUGACUGACAAAUUGACGAUAAUUUCACACCCCAAUUCACCAGUCGGCUCUUUUCUUCGUUGUUAUGAUUCGGACAACAAUGGUUCCCCGGGAAACCAUCGGCUCUCUCCCUCUUCUACUCCGUCAAUGAUAGAAUAUUCAAUGGGCCGUCGCUCUUUACCCGAAAACGGAGGUCCCACCACUACCACUCGACAAAGGUCCAUUAUCUCUGAGCUCGCAGAGCACCCACCAGGACCGGCAGCAAGGUGAGUCGAAAAGUGGGCGGAGCAUCUUCCACAUCCGGCCAUAUACCUUUUCGAGUGUGCCCCCGCCCAGCACGCCGUCCUCCUGUCCCCCCUUCUUCCCACUCCUUCUUCUGCCUGCCCCGGCUGGCCAGUCACACACUGAUCUAUUGUUCGAGUGGCGAGGCCCCCGUUGUCCACGACCACACACAACCUCCACUGCGCUCGAAGAAGAUAAUCACACAAUGCGCUCCCUUAUUCUUUUUUCUCGUCCACCCCAUUCUUCUUCGUCUUCUGAAUUCCCGAGCAUUUUGGAAAUUUUCGUUUUCUUGUCCAACUACUGUACUCGACUGAUCGGACAGUCCCGGACAGGUGCACCAGACGAUCAGCCCUCUCUCUGUUGCUUGUAAACUCAAUCAAACUAACCCUAAAAUUUGAUAAUAGUCCCCCAAUCAUAAAACGGAGCUGAUUAUCCCGGGGGCCCCCACAAUAAAAUGAGCAAUUUGCGAUGAAUUGCGCGGGAAAACCCUCCAGUAUUUUACGACUCCUUCGACCCGUUCUUUCUAUUGCGCGAAAGCACAGAUGGUCAUGAACCGCUCGGCCAUAUCUCAUCAUAUCAACUUUCCGAGUGCAUAUCGACGCAAACGUGUCCAUCGAUAACUCAUCCGGAGAGGGACAAAUCCGCCGUAUCGCCCUAUCGGUUUCCCCGCGUGCGUUUCCUUCAUCGUUUCCCUUCUCUUUUUGCUUCUUUUUCCUCACAAAAGAUACGAUCGUUGCGAUCGCGCGCAACUGAUUCGCUGUUAACACGCGUGUUAGAAGAGGCAACAGGGAGACGUCGUUGUCGCCAACACGAAGAAGACAGGCGCUCGUAGAUCGCAAUCACCGCCCCUCUCUGAUCAACCCGGCACCGAAUCGAUAAGCAGAUGACUAUCUGACAUUGCCUCUCCCCUCUCCUCCCCUCCAACACGACUUCACUAACCUUUGUUCAUCGUCACCUCUUCAAUCACCUACACAAUUCUGUGCACACAGUCACGUACGUAUUGAUUAUCCCAAAAGAUGUGGAGGUGGGGCCGGUAAUGAGCGCGCGCACGUCUUUUCCAUUUCCAUAAAAUAGUCUCUCUCCUCGCUAGGACACCACUCUCGCCUGCUCAUUAUUUACUCGAAUCCUCCGUCUUCUAUUUAUCUCGCCUAAUCGUCUUAUUGCUCUUUUUCCCAUUUUCCUUUCGUUCUCCCUCCCUAAUUCAAUCUAUCGUUUCAGUUAUUCAUGCCGAUCAGCAUCAUGAAAAACGAACCGGAGGACGAGGUCCAAGUGCAACAACCGAAAGAUCAACCGUGCUCCGGAUGCAAACAGCUUCAGAUGGAUGUCGCAAAGGUUAGUUUGUGACAUUCAGCUACAGCUUACUGUAAAAUAACACUUUAGACGCUCGGAUUAGUGAUGGAACGAAUGGAUAAGAUGCAGAAGAGACUUGAUGAAGUGCUCAGAACUGCCGAACUCAAGAAAAGCCUCGAGUCUUCCGAAUCCUCUGGCAAAGCAUCGCCGUCUUCAACUGGAUCUCGCAGUUCUCCCAAACUGGAGAUGCCCGCCACUCCGAACGUCACUGCGCCGAUUCCAGUGCCCCAGGCAUCCGUCCCAGCUGUCAGCUCUUCCAGAAAGCGCAAAACGAAGGAGAGAACUCCGACUCUUGCUGCUUCUCCACUGCCCGACUUCUCCAACUUUGUCAAUGGAUUCAUGUUCGAUCCGAUCAACAAUCAGGCCGGAAUGAUGCAGUUCCUCUCGCUUGUGCAACAACAAACUCAGCCCCAGACCGUGUCAACUUCUGCUGUUCCACAUGCCGCACAGAGACAACAAUCAGUGACACCUCCUCUCAAAUUGGUCAAAAUUGAAGAAACUCCAGUGGCUGUCGCCCCAACUGUGAAAGUGGAGGUGCACGAGACGACUCCAGAGACUCCGGAAGGAGAGAUGGCUCCAGAAGCGAUGGCCUCGCACGCUCAGAAUCUGCUCGACGCCCUCACCGCUCAAUUCAGCAGCAACCAGGCGGUAAGUGCAGAAAAGAUCAAAGUGCUUGCGACCCUCUUCCUCCUUCGUUCGUUCGUUAGUUCGCGCUCCCCCAUUGGUGGGAAACAAAGGAAGAUAUAUCACCAUUCUCCGUGCGCCUCUUCCUGCAGCGGCGUUUCGAAUCCCUUCCUUUAUUUAAUCUCUUCCCUUUUUCAGGCCACCGUCGGUUCUUCCGCCGUUCCGUCGGCCGUCUCGCAGGUCGUCGAAGCCGUCGCCACACCGUCGAGAAGCGACACCGACGACGGAAACGACCCGAACGCGGCGCGCUGCUCCAACUGCCACACGAACAAAACGACCGCUUGGAGACGUGACGCCGAGGGAAAGCUGGUUUGCAACCCGUGCGGACUCUACUAUCGAUUGCACAAGGUGAGAGAUAAAGCGUUCGGUGCGAUCAGUGCUUCUGCCUCGUCGGCCUCCGAUUGGAAUGGAAUGGGAGCGAAGGGAUUGUUAUCUGAUGCGGGUAGAAGGAGGGAAACAACCUAGUUAAGAUAGCGGCAAAGCAUGGGAGGAGAUUGAAAUAUGAGAUUAGUUUAGCCCUCUUUUCGCCUAUCUCCCUUACUUUUUUGCUAUUAGUUAUUUCGUUGAGUUUGCGCGCAUUCGAAGAAUGUUCAGUGAUAUCGAUCCAAUUAAAUCUCCGAUGCUAUCGAUCCGUGAUGGGCGUGCGUAUCUAUCAGUAAUCUUUGCCGAGCGCCCGCCCCCGUUCUACAGUAUUCCUCUUUGAUAAUUGCCUUCUUCGUUCCUCCUUUUUCCAUUCUCCCUCUCUCCACCGACAUCGUCAUCAUCAUCAUCAUCAUCAGAACCGAUACGGUAUCGUCGGCGCCUUCCUUCUUCCUCACCCGCCUUCUCCUUCCAUCUUUCCAUCACCUCAACCAUUAUGUGGUCGUCUUCACGUCUUCGUUCAUCGCCUACCACCAGCACUAGCGGCAGCAUCAUCUCUUCAGUAGCACGCAGAUAAUUAGCGUAUCGGGGAGUGCGUCGGGCGGCUGCGGCGACACGGAGGAGACGAGUCAAUGAUUACCUGUAACUCGAAUUGACUUCGUCCCCCUCCUUCCAUCUUGGCGUCUUCCUCUUCUUCUUCUUUUCCUCUUUCUUCUGGGUCUUUGACGCCCGACGACGGCGCAUUGUUCAGCCACCCCGACAAUUAGGAAUGAAACUAGUGCACGCGCAAACAAUCCCUCUUUCCCUGUCAUCAUCAUCUCCUUCGUUUGGUUCAGACCAACCAUAUCUGGUAGGGGAUCAUAUAGUGAACAGAUGGAGAGAUCUAUAGGGGCUUCCCGUGCGGAUAAAUACCUGGCCAGCCUAAUCAGAGCAUGAGAGCCAGGUGGUGCUACGUUCAUGUCGUGAUCGGUUUUGGCGGGGGUCACCACCACAACCACAACCCACGGAUAAUUAUCAUUUCUAUUCCCUCCACGAUGGAGUCCUUUACCCAAUUUCAUAACCUUGGAGUGCAUCAUCUAAGGGCGGAACGUCUUCUUCUUCCUUUUCUCAAUUUGCACACAACAAUAGGCGACACAAUAGGGCACGGGGGCGACUGUGCGUGUGCGUCGGAGGUAAUUAGAAGAAAGAGAGACCGGUAGGGGGAGAAGUGUAUCACACACGAAGAUGAUGAUUCUAUAUUCUGAUGGACGGAGGGAGAAUCAAAACAGAAAAGGAACAAAGUAGGCUACGAUUUGGGUGGGAUAAUUGGGUUAGAUAUUGUGAGAGACGUGAAAAGGCAUAUCGAGUCAAUCAUCAAUUCGUCUCGUUUCCAGGUUCGCCGUCCGAUCGAAAUGCGCAAGAAUCACAUCCAGCAGAGAUACCGCCGAAAGAACAAGGAGAAGGACGGAGCCGCGCUUUCGGAUCCGGCUCUUUUCAACCAGAUUCUCACCCAAAUGCCAACGAUGACGACGGGUGGAGCACACGCCAACCCGCUCAGUUUCCUGGAGCAAAUCACGCAAUUCACGCAGGCGCAAGAGAUGCUCAAUAGCAGUGCCACUUUCUAA